GUACACCGAUUUCUGGAAGCGAUGCCGCCCAAGACACGUUUGCAGGCGAAGACCAGACCUCGAGUGGCUGCGUCAGAGGCGGAAUCGGUGGAUACCGCUGAGAAGACGGACAAGGAACUCAAGAACAAGACGAAGGAGGAGUCUGAAAAAGAAGUUCAAGGAGGCAAGGAUGGUCCUAGGAGAAGAGUUCCUGAGAAGCAUAAGCACAAGAACAAGAACAAGAAUAAGAACAAGCAAAAGGACAACAAGUACCGCAAGAAGACAGCCAAGGGAAAGAAAGAAGGAGGAAAGUCACAGAAGGGUAUGCCGCUGAUGGGUAUGAAGAAGAAGAGGAAGCACCCGCUGCAUUACAGUGGUUACCUCUUUAAGGUGCUGAAGCAGGUCCAUCCUGAACUGGGCAUCAGUAAGCGUGGCAUGAACAUCAUGAACAGUUUCAUGAAUGAUAUCUUUGACCGGAUUGCCACAGAGUCCUCCCGGCUCCUGCGGAUCAUGUCGAGACGGACCUUGUCCGGACGCGAGGUGCAAACAUCCGUGAGGCUCCUCUUGCCUGGAGAGUUGGCGAAACAUGCGGUGUCUGAGGGCACGAAGUCGGUCAACAAGUUCUUCAACCAAGAGGAGGACAAAGAAGGAGAAGCGAAGAAGGCAAAGAAAGGGGACAAAGCCAAAGUCAAAGGGAAGACAUGCGGAAGCUGCCCUUUGUUCUUAGUGGCCACUCCAAAUGGCUGGCUGUGGCUCAAGGCUUCCUGCUAUGAUCCUGUCCAGGGGUUGAGAUGGGCGGGGACAGCCAAGAAGCUGAUUGCGAAGCUAAAAG